AUGAGAAAUGAGGUUGCAGUUUCAUUUUUCUUCUGUAUUGGAAUUGCUUCCGGAUAUAUAGUUCCCUCGAGCAUUAUUAAGAUUACGAAACAAGAAUUGGCAAAAAAAGCAAUAAAUUUAGGAACAACUGAAAGCGGGGAUAUAAAGUCUUUUGGUACCAAAUUGUCAAAGACCUUAAUCCCAAAUCUUGAGAAUUCAAAAAAUUGCAUUGAUGAUUCAGAAAUAUUGAGUCAAGGUGCAGCAAAUCCGAAAAAUAUAAACGAGAGAUCGUUUAUCUUUAUACGUCAAAAGUUUAAAACACCUAUGCUUAAUUUAUUUCAUUCACAAAUGCAAAAUCCCAAUGAUAUUCUACAUGAUUUACCAAAGUCUAUAAUGACAAAUUCAGAUAAUACUGGAUUUGAAGAAUUAAGUCAAAGGUUUUUAACACUGAACAUAGUUACCCCUGCAAAAGAAAUCGUAGAUAGUUAUAGAAUGGCGAAAGCACUUGAUAAAACUCAGGGUACAUUAUUAACUAAAUCAUGUAACAAAAAAAUCAGUGUGCAACAAGAUAACAAAAAGUAUGGAACAAUGAACCAAACAUCAGAAACGAAAAUUCAAGACGUAAAUAAUGUUUCAAAUGAACAGCGUGAAUACCUUGAACUUCUCAAAACACCAUUGGUGCGUUCUAAUAACAAUGAUGAGGAAGUAAAAUCAGUACUACAAGAAACUGAACGUCAGGCAUCUGAAGCUCCAAAUGCACAACUGCGUCUGCGUAAUCACAAUACAAUUUCGAAAAUAUCAUUAGACUUAAGACAAAGUUUGGUAAAAAAAUAUAAUACGGAAUAUUCACAUCCCUAUGAAUCCAAACUUACUUUUUUUAAGAGCGAAUUAGCUAAUCAACAUGAACAACGUGACAGUACAUUUAUUUUAGACGAUGAUAUCGGUGGGAAAGUCAUGGAUGGAAGUAUCGACGACGAUCAAGGUUGGGAUCAAUACUUAAAAAACGCCUUAGAAGAAAAGUCAGAGGGAAGUGAGGGAAAGGGAGUUCCUCAGGAUCACAUAAAUAGAAUCCAUUAUUGUCAUGAUUGUAAUAUUAAUAAGAAUACCUAUAAUAAUCGAAUGCAAAUCGAGUCAGAUUGUAAAUGUGGUCAUCACGUAUAUUUAAGAGGCCGUCCCAAUUCGGAUGAUCAAGAUAAAAAUAUGAAAUCAAUUUCUACUUUACCUUCGGAUAAGCGACAUACAACACCAGGUUUAGACAAUAAAAACAAAGAAAGUAAUGAAGACAAAACUGGUAUCGAUGUAACGAUACCAAGUAAUGCACUUUUUAACUAA